GUGAGGGAAACAGGCCUGUUUUGAAAGUUUGUAGGGACUGCACAAAUUCACGAACCUAAUUUUUGUCUAUAUAAGCUGCUUUGCAUGAUAAAACAUUGAACAUGGUGAGAAGAAGCCCCAGGGUCCGGGCAAGAGUAGCGUCAGGGUCGGAUACAGCCGAAUCUCCGAAACGGCGUCGUCUGGGAGCAACAGCAGCACGGAGUGUGUUGUCGACGAGGACUCGUCGUGAUGCCAAGCUGGGCCAUGAAGAGAAUCUGGUGGGGAGACGUGUCGAAAUGGCGGACGAGGCAUUCCUUGAGAACGCGUCAGUCCUGAAGCAGAUCGCUGAAGAAAGCAAGGAAGCAACGCAGCUUGGCGUCGUCAGCGUGAACACGCACCUGGAGGAGAACCGCAGCGCCCACUGGUGCGAGGAGUACGAGACGGAGAAGCUUGUCGUUCGGCGCGGGCAGGCGUUCGAGCUGACGAUAACGUUCGCCCGGAACUACGACCCGGAAGCCGACACCAUCAUCCUGCAGUUUGUGACAGGUAAAAGACCUCAGGAAAGCAAGGGAACAGUAAGAAGAUUGGAAGUGCACAAGGAACAAUACCACAUUGACAGGUGGUGUGCGCAGCUGCUGAAUAUCGGCGACAAGACGGCGAACGUGCGCGUGAUGACGCGCGCGGACGCCAUCGUCGGCCAGUACAGCCUCUACGUCGAGACGGUCGCCCAGGAUGCCGACGGCGUCCUGCACCACCGAUACAAGCACGACGACGACAUCUACCUGCUCUUCAACCCGUGGGCUCCAGAGGACGAUGUUUACAUUGAGGACGAGGCAGAGCGGGAGGAGUAUGUGUUAAACGAGACUGGCAGCAUCUGGGUCGGCAACUGGCGUCGCUACGGGCCGUUAAACUGGAACUAUGCACAGUUUGAGGAUGUGUCGCUGGAGACGGCUUUAUAUCUGCUGGACAAGGCAGAGCUGGGCUCGAGCGCUCGCAGCAAUCCUUGCCAGGUCAUUCGAGUGCUUUCCGCAAUGGUGAACUGCAACGACGAGGAUGGGGGCGUUUUAGAGGGAAGGUGGACGAAGACCUACCCAUCAUCGUCGACGCCGCCGACGGCUUGGACGGGAAGCGGCGAGAUACUCGGGAAUUUUGCGGAUAACGACUACAAGGCGGUCAAGUACGGACAGUGCUGGGUGUUCGCCGGACUCUGCACGACGCUGGCGCGUGCGCUGGGCAUUCCCACGCGACCGGUGACGUGUUUCGAGUCGGCGCACGACACGGAUGCGAGCAUGACUGUCGACUUCCACUACGACGAGGACGACCAGCCGGUCGACUACCUCAACGACUCCGUGUGGAACUUCCACGUGUGGAAUGAGUCGUGGUUCCGGCGGCCGGACUUGCCGAGCGGCUACGGAGGAUGGCAGGCUUACGAUGCUACUCCUCAGGAAGUCAGCGAAGGUGUCAUGCGGUGUGGACCAGCACCCGUCAAUGCCGUCAAGAAGGGAGACGUGUAUCUGCCACACGACACCUCGUUUUUGUUCGCCGAGGUCAACGGGGAUAAGGUGUACUGGGUCGUGCACAAGGACGGCACGAUGACGGCUGACGGCAUGAGCAAGCACUGCAUCGGUCAGAACAUCAGCACGAAGGCCGUCGGAAGCGACGAACGCCUCGACCUCACGCACAACUACAAGCACACCGAGGGCACGGAAGAAGAACGGCUGUCCGUGUUUCACGCGAACAAGUUCAGCUCGCGUCGCGAUCAGAACAUUUACGAUAAGAAGAUGGAGGACGACGUCAAGUUCAAGGUCGUAUCGGGCGACGACGCGGUCGGCGUGGGCGAGGACGUCGCCGUCACCCUGCAGAUGACGAACACGUCCGAUGGCGCGCGCACCGUCGCCGUGGCGAUGUGCGCCAAGAUGGCAUUCUACACGGGAAUCACCGUACAGGACGUCAAGUCAGAGAAGUUUGCCGUCAGCCUGGAGCCGAAAGCCGAGGAGAAGGUGACGAUGCUGAUUGGUAAGGACGACUACCUGGACAACCUGGUGGCUGAUGGCGCGCUGAAGACGUUCAUCAAGGCGAGCGUCGCCGACACCAAGCAGCUGUUCGUCGAGUUUGACAUCACAGACUUCGUGAAACCGAGUCUCGGUGUCGAGGUUCUUGCGGAUCCCGUGGUGAUGAACGAGGACUUUGAGGUGAAGGUCACCUUCACCAAUCCGCUGCCGAUCGCUCUCAAGAACGGCCACUUCCACGCAGAGGGCUCUGCGAUCCACGCCAGCAUGCAGCGACAUCGAGGGCAGAUUGCUGCCAACAAGGAGGUCACUGCGAAGAUAUGGGUGAAGGCGCUGCGCUACGGACGACGCAAGCUGCUCGUGAACUUCUACUCUGAGCAGCUGAGCGGAAUUCAAGGUCACGCCUUCAUCAACGUCAAGAAGUACGCUCCACGGGAGAAAGAGGAGGAGCACGAGGAGGAGGAGGUGGACGAAAAGGUGCAGGCGAUCAACUCGACCAACAACGGCGAGCUCGACGCCGUGGCGCCCCCUGUGAACAGCGCGGUGGAGGGUAAACCGGAGAGCGGCGGCGCUGCGGACGAGGAAGCGAUGGAGACGGGGGCACCGGUGGGGGAGUGAGCGUUGUCGUCACGGCAACGGCAACGAGUGACCCCGGAGAGGUUGGGUGGGGGCAUCUGGGGGCGACGCACGCGCGGGGUUAGAACUGUUGGCGAGUGAGAGAGCCCUCGCUUGACACGAGCAGCGUGCUACAAGAACGCACUGUUUGGCUACCGACGAAAAGGGAGCGACGUUUUGUGAGUAGAUUCAUAGUGUUUGUGUAGAGAGUGUGGCAGUCACGGCAAGUGAAGUCGCGUUACGUAUAUGGUAGAGUAGGAGUAGGGGGAAGGGAACUGUUGUUAGGGUCUGUAAAGUGGGAAUGUAGUUUUUGUACAUAGAUCAUGACUAAUAGUGCAAAAACAUUAACACUUGCACCUGGUUAACUCUGGGCCUAAUCUCCUCUGAACUGGUAGUGGCAGUUACACUGUAAAUGACCAAUGUAUAAUUGUUUUCACAGUCAUCAUGCAAAGAACAUGUAAGCGUCUCUUUGGAGAUUAUGUAGACAAGAUGUAGGGUUUAUAGGAUAGAGUCGGUUGUCGGUGUUCACUAAUAGUGUUGUGCCUGUGUGUCAUAUGUAAGAUAACAACUAGAUAUAUGCCUGGUUUAUCACGGUACGUAUUUCUGUCCGUCACUGGUAAAAUACUGGCGUCUAGCUAGUUUUAGUAGAAUCGUAGCAGUGUUUGUCGAGUAGCGAGUGUGUGUGUGUGUGUGUGUUACUUCUGUAUUUUACGUAUUUUUACGUGCUAGGUGUUCUUUGUUGUAGGAAGCACUCAGCCAGCAAGAUCACAAUUAUCUUCUAUAUGGCCUGUUGAUGCAAGGUCUAGGUUUUGGGAAAUUUUCGUAGAAACACCCGUUGCUAGCAGUGUUGUGACAAAGCUUCCAGAUUGUAAUGUGCACAUAUGCAUCGUGGUGUUUUCAUGCGGAGAUUUCGCAAUCGUUAGCAAUCUAGAACUCGGCCGUGCAUACGUGAAGUUAGCUGUUAUCCUGUGGUAGGGAUACGUCAUUAUAGAAUAUGUGACCCACUCCAGCAUAAUACGGACUAAGUCGCAAGUCAUUGUUUUGAGUAAUGAGCACGCACACAUGUCAAUGCUGAAAAUGGCCUACC